AGGAUUUGGGUGGAAUGGGUUCAUUUGAGAUUGAGAUCGAGUACACUGACUACUACUACCCAACUACUACUCAUUAACAUUCCCAAGCUGCAGCUCCACCGGAAUCUCCGUCGCCGUCCUUCUCAACCUGCGCCUAUGUAACCUCUCUCCGUCUGAGCCAGUUGCCGCGUCUCAAUGGCUUCGCAAAUUGUAGAGUUGGAUAGAAUUGCAUUAAUUCCGCUCUCCGUCAGCUUCCUCUGCACCGCCCGCUCUCACUCUGACUUUCGUUAUCGCCCAACUCCUCCCAGAUUUGCCGCCCAAUCGAAUUUCCAGAAGAUUAGGUUCAACUUAGAUGUAAACGGUAGUGGCGUGCAAGGGCUUUCCAGAAUUCAUAGGGGCCUCUUAGUCAAUCAACGCCGGCGGGUGAUUCUGGGAGUGGCUAGCGCAGAGCAGCCGGACCAAAUUAGCGGCGGUGAAUUUGCUAAUGAGGAAGUUCAAAGAGGCAAUCAGUCACUGGGGGAGGGAGAUAUAGAUGAGGAACACAAGAGAAAAACAAGUCAGUUAAGGAAAAGGAUUAUAUUUGGAAUGGGCAUUGGAGUCUUAGUUGGUGGAGUAGUAUUGGCUGGACAGUGGGUUUUCACAGUGGCCCUUUCCGCCGCCGUGUUUGCUGGUUCCAGGGAGUACUUUGAGCUGGUAAGAAGUCGCGGCAUUGCUUCUGGAAUGACUCCUCCUCCUCGAUUUGUUUCACGAGCUUGUUCUGUUAUCUGUUGUGUUAUGCCUCUGCUCACACUAUACUUUGGGCAAAUUGACGUAUCUGUGACAUCUGCGGCCUUCUUUGUUGCUACGGCACUCCUUCUGCAGAGGGGAAAUCCUCGUUUUUCUCAACUUAGUAGUACCAUGUUUGGACUUUUCUAUUGCGGCUACCUUCCUAGUUUCUGGGUUAAGCUGCGGUGUGGUUUAGCAGCUCCUACACUGAAUACAAGAUUUGCAACAUCUUGGCCUCUUCUUCUUGGUGGAAACACUAUGUGGACAGUAGGUCUUAUGGCCACCUUGAUCUCAAUCAGCAGUAUUAUUGCUGCAGAUACAUUUGCUUUUAUUGGUGGCAAGGCCUUUGGCCGGACACCACUUACUGCAGUCAGUCCAAAAAAGACGUGGGAGGGAGCUCUAGUUGGAUUAGGUGGUUGUAUAACGACUUCUGUUUUAUUGGCCAAGGUCUUCUGUUGGCCUACUUCCACCCUGAGUGCUGUAGCUUUUGGGUUUCUGAACUUCUUUGGAUCCCUCUUUGGUGAUCUUACUGAGUCCAUGAUCAAGCGAGAUGCAGGUGUCAAGGAUUCAGGAUCUCUCAUACCGGGACAUGGAGGGAUACUAGAUAGAGUCGACAGCUACAUUUUCACAGGAGCCCUUGCUCACUCUUUUGUGAAAACAUUCCUACCUCUCUAUGGAAUUUGAUCGACUGAACAAUUGGCAGCCUGGUUAGCUUUAGAUGUCAAAUGUGCGCAACUUCAUAAUAGCGGUAGCUCUGGAGCUAUCAAAGCAGGAAAUGGGAUAAAUUGACCAGUAUGCAACUCUAAUUUCCUUCCAAAUUAUUCAAUUUCAUCAUAAAAUGUAAUCAUAGAUGCCCCAAAACUAGAGUUUCUUUUGCUUGUUAAGUUAAGGCAUUGCUCCAAAAGGAUAAUUGGUCAGUAAUUAGAUAGUGUACUAUUCCAUUUGGAGUUUCGAAUAAACUAGUCAUUGUAUACUGAAAAUCUUGAGCUGUAUUUAAUAGAUUAAGGGCUGAAUUUGAGUUUUGCUAAAA